GCUCGGGCGGGCGGCGUAGAUCACGUUAGUGGCUGCAUCGCCGCCACCGCCACAGGAGCGGUAGAGCGGUACCUUGCGCGCGCGCUUAGCACGGUGGCGGCGCCGGCGCGGGAUGCGCUGCCAUGCCGGUACGACACCGCGAGCUCGGCGACGAGAUCGCACCCCCGGAGCCGAAGCGCUGCAGACACUGCGACGAGAGCCGAUCGUCGUGCGGCGGAGGCGGCGGCUCCGAGGGCCCGGAGGGGCGCGCUUCGUGGCGCGUCACGCUGGACCACGACCUCGUGGAAACGUUGAGCGCCAUCUAUCCCGAGUGGUUUAAGCCGCAGCACCGACGCGAGCGCAGCCGCGCCGCCUCGCCUGCCUCGCCCGCCUCCACCACCCCCACCUCGCCGGGCACGCCGGCUACAUCGCCGAACGACGACACGUUCAGUUCGGGCACAGAGGAAAUGGCUAGCCGCCAGGCGGGCGGCGGCGAGCCGGCAAGCUCGCCGCCGCGCGUGUCGCCGCCGAAGGUGGUCGUGGACGACAGCCCGCUGCAGCCAGCCAUGGGCAAGCAUAAGGAAUCUUUGAAAGUGAAGCUGAUGAUGAGGAGACCCAUCAACCAGCUGGUGGCGCAGGGGAUUAUGCCUCCACUUAAGACGCCACCCGCUUACUUCGAACAGUCGAAGCAACUAGAGAGAGCAAAAACUGGUGAUUUGCUAAAAGCUAAAAUCCAGCGACGACCAGAUCGUCAAGAACUUGAAAGAAGGCAUAUUUUGGAACAGGAGAGCCAUGUGGACCCGAGCCUCGCGGAGAAGCAGCGCAUGCUCAAGAAGGCUCGGCUCGCGGACGCGCUCAACGACCAGCUGUCGCACCGGCCCGGCCCGCUCGAGCUCAUCAAAAAGAACAUCCUGCACACCGAGCAGGACAUCGAGACCGCCGUCAAGUCUGGCACCCUCGCCUUCCGCGCCACCUCCGAGGGCGCCUCCGGCCGCCCCGAGCACCCCUCCUCCUACUGCGGGCCCCCCGAGGAGAUCUCCCCCUCUCCCUCCCCGCCCUGCCUCCUCUCCCCUGCCCCUUCCCCCUCCCCGGCGCCCAUCCAACAUCCCGCUCCCGGUAAAGCCGACAAAAACCGCAAGAAGACUAAGCAUAAGCAGCAGCAGCCAAAAGCGCGCUUUAAAUUUCACGAAUACAAAGGCCCCCCAAAUGCGCAUAAGGCGCCUUCACCUCCGGACUCGACCGAGACGCCGUACGAGCUGCUCCUCCAACAACAGCAGUUGCUCCUGCAGUUGAUGCCGGCGUCGCCGGCGCCUUCUUCCGCUUCCAUCGCGUCGGAUUCCUCGGACGCGUAUUCGGCGCCACCGCCUCCGCCGCCGCCGCCGACGCCUCUGCACGUUGCGCUGCAUCACGUGCCGACGCGGUACGAAGACAUGAAGGUGUCCGACCUUCGAGCGGAAUGUAAGCGACGCAACCUGCGCGUCUCCGGUCCGAAGCCGCAGCUGAUCAGCCGUUUGCGACCGUUCCUUCUGGAGAAGGGGGAGGAACCCCUGCGUUCGCCGGCGUCCGUCGCCUCGGUCGCCUCCGUCGCUUCGCCCGAGUCCCGCUCCGAGCCGGAGCCGCCGGAGGACAUCGUGCAGUCCCAGCGGAGGCAGAUCGAGGAGCUCGAGCGGAAGCUGGAGGCGUCGCGCCAGCAGCUGGAAGCGGUGAGACGCGAAGCGGCCGGCGCGGCCGCCAGCGACCAGAGCCGGAGGCUUCUCCAGGCGCACCUGUGUGUCACGCAGCUGCGCGCACAGCUGGAUGCCCUGCAGCAGCCGCCCGCGCCAGCUGCGGCGCCGCCGCCGGCCGCGCCCGCCGCGCCGCCGCCGCCGCGCUACGUGCUGGCCACGUCGGACGCCACGCCCGACCGCCUAGUGCGCCUCUUCACCGUGGCGCAGCCCGCCGCCGCGGACGUGGUCGACCCGACCGCCGCCAAGACGGCCAACUACAUCCUGAACGGCGUCAAGGUGGUCCCUAUCGCGAUAUUACCCUCGCCGCAUUAUGAACCCGAGCGCGCCGCCGCGCCGCCUCCGCCGCCGCCUCCUCCGCCGAUGCCGCUCCCGACGCUGCACGACCGCAACGAGGACAUGGACGACGUCAUCGAGCUGCUGGUGGAAAAUGGCGAGUUACCGCCUUCGGUAGUGGGCGCGGCGGAGACCCAGCCGAUGCGAACGGAGUACUUGACCGAUAGUGCGGACGCGUUCUCGCCGGCGGAAGUUCUCGGAGACGGCCGGACGCGGGAUUCGCUCGCCGCCGACGAGCUGCAGCGCGAGCUCAAUGACAUCCAGAACGAGAUCUUGAACCACGCCGACCUCCACGCCGUCAACGGCAACCGCUGCGACAUAGACUCGACCACCGCCGACAUCGACCCGGAACUCAGCGUGGAUUUACUAACUAAUAACGAUUUCCAUCCGGACUUCAGCUCCGAUCCCACGUCCGGCGACCACGACUUCUUCGGGCUGCUUUCGGGCGAAGCGGACCACGCGGACGAAACCUCGCAGACCGCGAUGGACAUAGGCGAGGACCCGCCCGAGCGCAUGGCGAUGACCCCGCUCACCAACGGCGACAUCCUCGACCACACGAGAACGGGCUUCGAGGAUAUGGACGAUUUGUCGCUGCCGUCGUUCCAGGAGGACAUGAUCCAGGAGCGGCCGUGCGAGUUCGACCUGAAGGAGUUCGGGAUCGACAUCGGGUCGAACAUGACCGUCGACGGAGACGCGUACGACUACAUGGACACGGAGCUGAUCCCGAACCUGUUCGGGCGCGGGCACGUGCCGCAGCGCGACCCGCUGCUGGGCGCCGUGCUGUCGCGCCCGCCGCCGCGCCCGGCGCGCAAGCACUACUCGUGGGACCGCAUCGAGUACGACGCCACCUGACCCCCGCAGCGCUGUGUGCACGUGCAGCCCCCCGCCCCGCCUCGCCACCACCGUUGCCAGAAGCACGCGCUCGCUAUGACGCGCGACGCACCCCGCAUCUAAUUAUCAAUGUGGGCGCCGUCGAAUGCCUUACUCGGUAGUUCAAAUUUUAUCGUUAAACAAAAUAUAUACGCGUUCGGUGUCGUUUAAAAUUUAUGAUCUCUAGUAGUCGGAGUGACGUCGCGAAGUGGAAAUUGUGACGCUAAUUUUAUUCGCCGCGUAGCGACCCGCGCUAGUCUCCGGCGUCCCGGCCCUUCGGGAUCGGGAUCCUUAGUAUUGACUAGAUUAGAAGGAGGAGUUUGGUGAUGUUUGAACACAUAGUGUUGGCAUCGAUAGAAUUAGUUCUAGACUUUGGUGUUUUGUACUUAACAGUUGAGGAGACUCGUUUGUACCGCUAGUUGAUAAUAUAGUCUAAUUAUUAAUUGUAUCGUUAUCUGAGCGCCGCCGUCAUCGCUCGGCACUCGACCGUAUCGAAUCCAUUCUAUGUACUAUUACUAGUGUGUAUAGACAUUGUCUACUUAUGUAUAUAUUGAAAGUAUAAUGUAAUAAUACUCAACAUAGUUGUGGAUUUCUGCAUUCCGCCCGAUGACUUAAAACGUAAGGGAAAUUAAUCAUUAGGAAAGAUGUUUCUGUCGAGGCACCAACGGUCUAUCUUCGAGACACCUGCUACGUACACAUCUUGUUAAUUAUUAUUUAUUAAAAAUACAAAUUGAUGUUCUGUUAGUUAACAAAAAUGCUGUAUGAUGCCUCUGUCAUAUGUAAAGCUAUUUCCCAAAACAUUGUAUGACAUUCCAGUCUUGUUGAAGUGCAACUUGCAGAGCUCCCGCACUCUAGCAUCUGUCGACAAUAUAAACAGCGGAACCAAUAUUCGUGCAAUAAUUUGUCUCAGCAUAUUUGUGACAGUAACUAAGUUAUUUGGAGAGUUUGAGAAUUGCACGUUGACAAGCCAUCGUCAUGGGUGGGACCAGCUCGGGAACAAAGUUAGAUACGAAUCAUUUAGUUAAAGUACGGAGCCGGCUCCGCGCAUACAUACAAUUACACGGCAGGCCGAGGCAAGGGUUCUUAAACAUCAAUCUCUUCCUUUCAAACUUCGCGUAAUGCAUAUAAUCCUUUUUUGAGUUUUAAAGUCAGCUUCAAAAGCUACCUACGCAAAAUCCGUCGCUUAAAACCUCCACGAGCCUUAUUUUAGCGGCAAGAGUCGUGACAGAUAAUUUAAGUACAUUGCUCGCGUGGCUGUUUUUGCAACCGACUGUAGAAAAUCAAAUUGUUAUAACAAGUUAUUGUAUUGGAGAGUGUAAUUAACAUUGUCCUUAACAUUUUGUUUUAACUAAAAGGAUUCUUACGUAAACAUUACAUUCUUGAAAAUAUAUCAUUCCAAUUUAUUAUUGUCUAAAGUGUAGGAUAGGUGAACCAUUAUAAGUAAGUUGCUGUUUGGUUGAACUGCGAAGGCGGUAUUGUACAUUGUUUCUUCAAAUCUCUCGCCUGUUUGUGUAAUUGUUUGGCUGCAUUAUUUAUAAUUAUUUAUUUCAUUAUUUGAUGGUGUACCGUUUGUUUUGAUCGGGUGUGUUCAUUGCGAUGUGUGAGGUCUUCACUAAUUUAUUUGUGUUAUAUUAACUAUAUAGUUACGUUAUUGUCAUAACCCUAGUGUAACCAGAACAAGAGCGAAAGGAAACGUAGUUUUAUGAAAGCAAAUUGCCAUUAAUUGCAUUUAUGUAUAUGUUAUCAGAAUACCUUUAGAACAACGAAUGUGGCGUUACUGCCCGCUUGUGCCAAUCUGUUUAAAUGAUUUUGGAUUCAUCUUCCGCUUUGUGAUAUUAUAUAACAUGCAUAUAAUCUAUAUUUAUAUACAAAUUAUAUAACCUAUUCUGGGCUUUUUCAGCAUAUAUAAAUAUAUGGAGAUUGGUCUGAAUUUAUUAAAGCUGGUGGUUAGAAUAUGUGACCGUACUUUAAAAGCGCUUGUAUUUUGAAGUGCAGUCAUAUAAAGGUUGGUGCUAGUAGAAUGUAAGAUAACAUUGAUUUAUAUAGUAUCAUUUUUAGGAUGUGCGUAUACAUAUACAACCCAUGUACUUGUAUGUGUGGCUCUAUAAAUUUCAACCACUAAUAUCGUAUUUAUCACCUGCAGAGAAUUAAGUUAUUUUGCCUGUCAAACCAAUAAGCAACACAAACAGCUGGUACAAAUAUCAAGUUGCCGUUUGGUUUUUAAAUAAUCUGUAAACAUAAGUAAUAUUCCAUUAUCUAAGUAAAUUUUAACAAUACCCUUUAGAUUUAAAUAUUUAUAAAAAUCUAUUUGCUCAUGAAUUAUCUAAAAUGUACCUACACUGUAUAGCCAAUUAUUGGAGUCAACGUGCGUGGUUGACUUAUAUUUCCAUUUGUUGUUUUGUAAUCGACUUCCAUAUUAACAAGCUUGUGUGUUUCAUGGCUUUCAUACUCACUCUUAAAAGAGUUAGUUUAAAUGUAUUUAACGAGAAACUAAGUGAGAUUAAUGUUUUGAUAAAUAGUAUUUAUGUAUCUGCAUAUUUGUUAUUGUUGUAAUUAUUUUAGGAAAGUUUUAAUAUUUGUUUUAACUAGAUUAUAUUCCGAAGUGAUAAAUAAAUCGUGCUGAAUUUAACAUGCGUACUUUAGCUCUCUGUAAUGCGAGUAUUUAUAAAAUAAGUAUUAUACAUUGGCUUCAAUGAACAAUAUCAUGUAGCUAUAUUGGUUUGGUACAUUUUCGCAAAACUCGGUUAGUCAGGGUCAUAAUCAUAAAUAUGUAAUGUACCCAAACUUACCCCUUAUUUAAUUGUAUUAGGUUGAAAAAUGUAUAAGCAUUUAUGACCGUGACUAAUACUGAACUAUUUUUAAAUUAUAUUAUUGCAAUAACCCUGCUUAGAUCAGUUUUAAUUGUUUUAGGUACCUAAUAUAGGGUACACAAUAUUGGACUUUAAGCCCAUUUUCUAAAAUAAGAUAAUAAAUCAUAGAAAAAAACAAUAAUCAAUAAAUACGUUGUGAUAACUAAUAGAGUCGAUUCUAUAGUAAUCAGUUUUAUACCUUGCCCUGUAUUUGAAGCCUUGUGUACUAGCUUAAGGAGAGAAUGUUACAUUAAAAGUUUUGACACAAAUAAA